AUGAUCAGGGAUCAGUGGAGCAUCUUACAGUUAGUGGUUUCAGCUCCCACCAAAAGAGUGAGCCAUGCAAUGGGUGAGGGAUGAAUGUGGGAAAGGGAUAAGUCUCAUGACAUUUUCUCCUUUACAAUGACCAUGGCCUUUGUAGUGACUGCUUCCCCUCAUGUGGGUACUAGACCCCACAAUGGCUCUCCCAUCCUCAGAGCCACCAAAGAACAGAAAUCCCUCUGGAAUUCAGUCUGUGGCCAACCUCCCCUUUCUCUCUGGGUGGCUGGGGGUGAGGACGCCAGGGAGGGCACAUGGCCCUGGAAUGCCAGCCUCCGAUGGUUUAAACAGCACAUCUGUGGUGCCGCCCUAAUCUCCCACAGCUGGCUGCUCACUGCAGCCCACUGCAUUCCCAGCCGUGUGAAUGCUUCCCAGCUCUCAGUCCUCCUGGGUUCUCACCACCUGGACUCCCCAAGUCCCCAUGCCUUGGAGCAAGGAGUAAGGCAGAUCAUCCGGCAUCCUGCAUUCACCAGCCUGGAUGAGUCUGGUGGUGACAUAGCUCUGGUACAGCUUGACCUGCCUGUGCCCUUCUCUGAGAACAUCCUGCCCAUCUCUCUCCCUACAGCCUCUUCCCCAGUUCCUCCUGGGACAACCUGCUGGGUGACAGGCUGGGGAAAUAUUAAAGAAGGGGUUCCCCUCCCAGCUCCCCAAACCCUCCAGCAGGCCAAUGUUUCUCUCCUGUCCCAGGAGGCCUGUGAGACCCUUUACCAUCAAGACUCCCACCGUCCUCUUAAGGUCCCUGUCAUUGAGCAUGACAUGGUCUGUGCUGGCAGUGCAGAGGGCACCACAGCCUCCUGCCAAGGGGAUUCCGGGGGCCCUUUGUCUUGCCAUUUGAAGGACCGAUGGGUGCUAGGAGGUAUAGUAAGCUUGGGGGAGGUCUGCAGUGCCCCCAACCGCCCUGGAGUCUAUGCCAACGUGGCUGCCUUCACCCCUUGGAUCAUCACCCUUGCCCCUGAAGUACAGCAGAACCUCAUCCCCUCAUCGGCCUCAUUUUCCGGCCAUCCUGGAUUAUCCAUUCUUUUUAGUCUAUUCCUAGUGACAGCAGAGUUUCUGCUUGUAGGGCUGUAA